GAAUGCUUUGACUCCGCAGUCUUGGCGACCGGAGGUGAUUCGUCCGCAAUCGUCAUCAACGUGAACCGUCACUUGAUUUCCCCUUCGCGCUUCUUCUGUCUUCUCUUCUUCCGCAAUUCAAUUCAGAAAAGGCCACUCACGUCCCAAUGGGUCUCAUCAAGCGACUCCUGAAGCUCUCCACCUACGGAGGCCUUGCCUCGGCGGGCGCCUUCUUCUACACCACGCGCAAUGACGUCUUCGUACCCAUGUCGCCCACGGAUCCCAUCUUCCAAUCCGCCGCCUACCGCAAGUUCAACCCCGAACAAAACCCGACCACCCACGACCUCUGCGUGCGCAAAGUACCCCUGUCCGAGAUUAACCCAACCUUGCUAGAGAAGAAGGGCAAGCUCGCAGAAGCCUUCUGUGCUGGAGUCUGGAGCGGCUGGGGUUAUGCCUUCCAACGCGCCUACCUCGCCCGGAAAUACCAAGGUCCCGAGACUGCGAACCACCUCUGGGAACGGUCAGAGUUGAAAACCUCCACCUACGAUGUUGGCACCCUGAUCACCGACCACUUCGAGAUUCUUGAGAAGACCCCCGAGCGGAUCGUGGUCCGCUGCGGUGACAGCCCCCGCAAACAGGACGUCCGUGAAUCGGACGGUCUCUUCGAAAUGUCCGCCGUCGUCAAGCCCGAGGAAGGAGUGGCGGAGUUUGCUCUCAAGAGCUGUUUCUACCAAGGAAAAGGAAAGGCCGACAACCAGCCGAUGCCGCCGCAUAUUCUCUGGCUGCAUAAGCAGUAUACGAAAUUGUGGGCUGAGACUGCUAUCCGCAAUGUUCUCCGCCAGUGAUGAUAUCCGAUCGGAGGAGCGUGUUUGGGUGUGACCAUUAUUCAGCCGUCACUCUGUACAUAAUACCCGAUUGCGUGGUGACGUGAAAUAACACCCAUGGGUGGAAAGCGAAUAAUACCUGCCUCUUGAGGAGGCGUUCUUACACGGUUUCGGAAACUACAGAACUGGGCCCGUCGCCUAUUUUCUUCUUUCUAAUAUUACAUAUAAAUCAUAUGCCAAUCUGAUUUCUGGGGAAAGGAGGCUACGAGGGUAUGUCCUUCUCAUCUGGAGGCAAUCAUCGUCCUUUCUUUCGUCUUCGUUUACAUGGUGGUUUACAAGCUUUCUCGAAAUCGGCUUGAACAGCAGACGGUUGUUUACUAUUACCAAGCCCGCCUUAAAACCCUUGAAGGGCCGAUCGUGUUUUCAUGUUCAUAUAAAAACGAAGUAUGUGCAGAAUUGUGAUUCCAGAACAUCUGCAUAUUAUUUAUGGACAGUACAUAACCCCCAGUGGAUCUAGUCAAACAACUAUACAGUUAACCACGGAAUGCAUUUGGAAUGCCAUGGGAUGCGGCAAAAGUCACGCGGUCUACG